AUGUCCGGCUCCACCGUGAGCACCGGUGCCGAGGGUGUGCAGGUCCAUGCCGACGGGGACGUUUCUCGGACGCAAAUCCGCCAACAACCCGAGGGGCUUCCAGGAGCCGACAGCGGGGAAUGUGCCGUCGCCGUGGGGAAGGACGAUGCCGUCGCGGAGAAGCCGGGGACCGCGGGGGGGGCCACGGAAGAGGCGGCAGAGGCGGCAGAGGCUCCGCCAAUGUCCAAGAACGCGCUCAAGCGCCUCCGUCGACAGCAAGCGUGGGAAGACGGUGCGGACGAACGGCGGAAGCGCCGCAAGGAGAAGCGGCACGACCGCAAGGAGAAGCAGCGGGAGGAGCGAGCAGUGCUCGUGGCCCAAGGCGUGGACCCCCGGUCGCUGAUACCGGUAAAGGCGGCGUCGACGGUGGUUCCCGUGACGCUCAUCGUCGACUGCGACUUCGAAGGCUACAUGACGGACAAGGAGCGCAUCUCGCUCUCCAGCCAGGUCACGCGGUGCUACUCGGACAACCGCAACGCGCGGUACAGGUCGCACCUCUGGGUCGCCGGCUGGGGCGGCAAGAUCGAGGAGCGCUUCAACACGAAGCUGCGCAGGCAGCAGGAGAACUGGCGCGGCGUCGGCUUCGUCGCCGGGGAUUUCCUCGCUUGCGCGGCCAAGGCGAGGGAGAGGAUGGCGAAGCAGGGCGGCCAGAUGAUCGAGGCGCUGCGGCGGAGCGUCGACGAACCCCUCUCGUGGCACCGAGACGAGCAGGACCCCUUCCCGCUGCCGCAGCCGGCGCCGGCGCUCGACGACGGGUUCAGGGACGUCGUCUACCUGACGUCGGAGUCGCCGUACACGCUGCAACGGCUCGAGCCGCACACGUGCUACGUCGUCGGCGGUCUGGUGGACAAGAACCGUGAAAAGGGGCUGUGCUACCGGCGCGCGUGCGAAAGAGGCAUCCGCACCGCACGCCUGCCCAUCGGUCAGUUCAUGGUGAUGCAGAGCCGGCAGGUGCUGGCGACGAACCACGUGGUCGAGAUCAUGCUCAAGUGGCUCGAGCACGAGGACUGGGCCGUCGCCUUCUCGGCCGUCAUCCCCAAGCGCAAAGGCGGCAAGCUCAUCGGCGACGGCGAGGUCGAGGUCGAGGCCGACGAGGGAAGGGCCGACGCGGCAGCGGACGGCGGAGAGGACGUCGACGACGAGGGACCGGGCAAGGAGACGUUGGACGCGACGGAGACGGCACGAGUCGCCGAGGUCGCGGGCGAUGCAGACGCUCGUGCCGACGGUGACGGUGACGGUGACGCGGGACACGAUGAAUAG